CUGGUGUUUUUCAGAAGCCCACACACACCACUAGCAGGGAGAAGUGCAGGGCAGCUACAGCACAGCACUUGGGCCAGUUACUCAUUUUGUCUCAACCAGGCUCUGCCAUCCCAAGAGCUUGCCAAGAUGUGUGACAUGGGGGGGCUUGACAACCUGAUUGCCAACACAGCCUAUCUGCAGGCAAGGAAGAGUGGAGAUGGAGACACCAAGGAGAUACAAAAGAGACGUAGGAGCCUCUCACUGCCCAAGAUUGAUCAAUGCGGAGAGGUUAGACUGUCCAUUGUUGCUGAUUAUGACAGCAUCUGUGAGCAGCAGCCCAUUGGCAAGAAAUUCUUCAGAGACUUCUUAGAGACAAUGCCAGAGUAUUUGGUAGUUAGGGACUUCCUGGAUGAGGUGUCCAAGUGGGAGUUGGCAGAGGACAAUGUCAAGAGCAGUACCAUGGAGAAUAUGAUCACCAAUUUUCUUAAGGCAGGCUCCAAAAACUAUCUGGCUUUCCUGAGCUCUGACUUGGCCAGCAAAUGCCAGGCAGCUACUGCAAAAGACUAUGAGAAUGUCGUGCAGCUGGCCAAGGAGGAAACCAAACUUUUCCUUAAAGGCAAGCCCUUCCAGGACUUCCAGACCAGCCCGUUCUAUGACAAGUUCCUCCAAUGGAAAGUUUUCGAGAAGCAGCCAGUAACUGAGAAAUACUUCUAUGAGUUUCGAGUGCUGGGCAAAGGUGGCUUUGGAGAGGUUUGUGCCAUCCAGGUGAAAAAUACUGGUAAGAUGUAUGCCUGCAAGAAACUGGAUAAGAAAAGGUUGAAAAAGAAAGGUGGAGAGAAGAUGGCUCUACUGGAGAAAGAGAUCUUGGAGAAGGUCAACAGCCCUUUCAUAGUCACACUAGCUUAUGCCUAUGAGAGCAAAAGCCAUCUGUGUCUUGUCAUGAGCCUCAUGAAUGGAGGGGAUCUGAAGUAUCACAUCUACAAUGUGGGAGAAAGGGGUUUGGAAAUUAACAGGGUCAUCUAUUACUCAGCUCAGAUCACCUGUGGGAUUCUGCAUCUCCAUUCCAUCAAGAUUGUGUACCGGGACAUGAAACCAGAAAAUGUCCUCCUGGAUGAUCACGGUAAUUGCAGACUGUCUGAUCUUGGUUUGGCAGUGCGAGUCAAAGAGGGAAAAGGCAUCACUCAGAGGGCUGGGACAAAUGGUUAUAUGGCUCCGGAAAUCCUGAAGGAAGAAGAUUACAGCUAUCCUGUGGACUGGUUUGCUAUGGGGUGUAGUAUUUAUGAAAUGGUUGCUGGCCGAACACCAUUCAAGGAUUUCAAAGAAAAGGUCGGUAAGGAUGAGGUUAAAAGAAGAACUGUGGAAGAUGAGGUGAAAUUUGAACAUGACAACUUUACAGAGGAAGCGAAAGAUAUUUGCCGACUGUUUUUGGCUAAGAAAACAGAGAAUCGUUUAGGAAGCAGAAAUGAAAAUGAUGACCCAAGAAAACAUAGUUUCUUCAAAACAAUAAAUUUCCACAGGCUAGAGGCAAACCUUAUCGACCCUCCGUUUGUGCCAGAUCCAUCAGUUGUCUAUGCCAAAGAUGUUGCAGACAUUGCUGACUUCUCUGAAAUACGAGGAAUUGAGUUUGAUGACAAAGAUAAGAAGUUCUUCAAAAAGUUUGCGACGGGUGCUGUCCCUAUAGCCUGGCAGGAAGAAAUUAUUGAAACGGGACUGUUUGAAGAACUGAAUGAUCCUAACAGAGUAGAUGCUGGGGGAUACACAAAUGGAGGUGAAGCUAAGUCAGGAGUUUGUUUGUUGUUGUAA